GUGAAUAGUGGGAUAGAAGUGUGUGAACCCGGCUCCCCUCAGGGUGACUCUCCGCCGCUGUCCGUGAACACUGUCCACUUCCCGUGUACCGGAGCCGGUGUAGGCAACAGGAACAGGUUAUAAAGUGAGGGUCCAGGGAGGGUGAAGCCAUGUUCAGACUCCUGCGUUACCAAGGUAAGCGGACGCCGAGCUGCGUCACUGGUCAGCGCCGAUAUGAGCACCAUCAGGCCGUCAUGGCCAUCCGUCGUGAGGACAUCAACCCCUGGGAAAGAAGGGCGCCACUGGCCCCACGCCACGUCAAAGAGCUCACCAACGCUGGUGUCAAAGUCCUGGUGCAGCCGUCCAAUCGCAGAGCCAUCCACGAAAAGUACUACAUGAAAGCGGGGGCAGUCAUCCAAGAGGACAUUUCAGAGGCGUCGCUGAUUAUUGGGGUGAAGAGGAUGCCAGAGGAGAAGGUGAUUCCAAGGAAAACCUACGCGUUCUUCUCCCACACCAUCAAAGCUCAGGAGGCCAACAUGGGGCUCCUGGAGGACCUACUGAAGAAGGAGGUUCGUCUGAUUGACUAUGAAAAGAUGGUGGAUGCUAACGGUUUCAGAAUUGUAGCAUUUGGUCAGUGGGCUGGAGUUGCAGGAAUGAUAAACAUUUUGCAUGGACUGGGGCUGCGUUUCCUUGCUCUUGGGCACCACACGCCAUUCAUGCACAUCGGGAUGGCCCAUAACUACAGAAACGUCAGCCAGGCCAUCCAGGCAGUGAGGGAUUGUGGAUAUGAGAUCUCAAUGGGACUGAUGCCAAAGUCCAUUGGCCCUGUGACGUUUUGUUUCACUGGAACUGGCAACGUAUCCAAGGGAGCCCAGGACAUCAUUAAUGAACUUCCUGUUGAAUAUGUUGAACCUCAUGAGCUGAAAGACGUGUCUGAGACUGGAGAUAUGACUAAAGUGUAUGCCACUGUUUUGAGUCGACACCACCACCUGGUGAGGAAGAGUGAUGGUAUUUAUGACCCCAUGGAGUAUGAGAACCACCCAGAGCUGUACACAUCCCACUUCAGGACUAGUGUUGCGCCAUACACCACCUGUCUGAUUAACGGUAUUUACUGGGACCCCCACACUCCCCGACUCCUCAGACGUAUAGACGCCCAGAGGUUGAGGAGACCCCUCAAAAACUCAUCUGGCAACAACGAGGGAAUACCAGCCCUGCCUCACAAAUUGUUGGCCAUCUGCGACAUAUCAGCUGACACGGGAGGCUCUAUUGAGUUCAUGAACGAGUGUACCACCAUUGAUAAGCCUUUCUGUAUGUACGACGCCGACCAGCACAUUGACCACGACAGUGUGGAGGGAAACGGGAUCCUCAUGUGUUCCAUCGAUAACCUCCCUGCUCAGCUCCCCAUUGAGGCCACAGAAUACUUCGGAGACCGACUGUUCCCCUAUAUCUGGGAGAUGCUGCCCUCAGAUGCCACCAGACCACUAGAGGAAGAAGAUUUUAGCCCACAAGUCAGAGACGCUGUUAUCACCUCAAAUGGAGUACUGACCCCAAAAUUUGAGUAUAUUGAAAAACUACGAGAGCAAAGGUUACGAGCCAGGGAAAAAGCUCAGAUCAUGAAGAAGAGCGGGAUGAAGCGAGUCCUGUUGCUGGGUUCAGGAUACGUGUCCGGUCCGGUUGUUGAGUACCUGACCCGUGAUGAGACGACUCAGGUCACUGUGGCUUCUGUGCUACUAAAGCAGGCUGAGGAGCUGGCAGCCAAAUAUCCAAACACCAUCCCUGUGGUGUUGGACGCCGGCAGCCAGGAAGGACACCUCGACACCCUCAUCAAAGACCAUGACCUGGUCAUCAGCAUGCUGCCGUACUCCUUCCACCCCCUCAUCGCCAAACACUGCAUCAGGAGGAAGGUGAACAUGGUGACAGCCAGCUACCUGAGUCCUGCCAUGAAGGAGCUGGAGAGCAGUGCAGAGGAGGCGGGCAUCACCAUAGUGAAUGAGAUGGGAUUGGACCCCGGUAUCGACCACAUGUUGGCCAUGGAGUGUAUCGACCAGGCCAAAGCCGACGGCUGCAUAGUGGAGUCCUACAGCUCGUUCUGCGGUGGACUUCCUGCUCCAGAGUGUUCAGACAAUCCUCUUCGCUACAAGUUCAGCUGGAGUCCAUACGGCGUCCUCCUCAACACCAUCAGCCCUGCCAUUUACCUUAAAGACGGCAAAAUGGUGAGCAUCCCAGCUGGUGGGUCUCUGAUGGACUCCACAACUCCGAUGGAUUUCCUUCCUGGUUUCAAUCUGGAGGGAUUUCCAAACCGUGACAGCACCAAGUACUCGGAACCGUACGGCAUCCAGUCUGCACACACACUGGUCAGAGGAACACUGCGCUUCCAGGGUUUCUCAAGUGCCAUGAGUGGUUUUGUCAAACUGGGUCUGAUUAACAGCGAGCCCUGUCCCUUCCAUGAGCAUAUUUCGUGGAAAGAGCUUCUGUGUAAGCAGAUGGGACUGCCUUCCUCAAUUUCCCAAGAUGCCUUUGAAGAAGCUGUGUACGAACGCAUCGGAAAGGAGGACUUCAGGAUGAAUACACUCAGAUGGUUUGGGAUGCUGAGCGACGAGUUGGUGCCUCAUGCCGACAGCGUUCUUGCCGCUUUGGCAAAACAUUUGGAAGCCAAACUGUCUUUUGAUAAGGGCGAACGAGAUAUGAUCAUUAUGAGGAAUGACGUGGGCCUUCGGCAUCCGACCGGCGAGCUGGAGACUAAACACAUCAGUCUGGUGGUCUACGGCGACCCCAACGGCUUCUCUGCUAUGGCCAAGACUGUAGGCUACCCAGCAGCCAUUGCUGCCCGCAUGGUCCUCGAUGGUGAAAUAUCUAGGAAGGGUUUGGUGGUUCCUAUGACGAAGGACGUUUAUGGGCCAGCGCUGGCCCGACUGAAGGAGGAAGGACUGCGCUUCAUAUCCAAAAGCACCCUGCAGGAAUAGAGGGGGCAGAUAUUUUACCAUCCAGCAUAGAACUCAUCAAAUCCUUUUUAAAGCCUUUUUAUACACAGGAUCUGCAGAUGGAUUCAGAUGCUUCUAAAAAAAAAAAAAUACACAUUUAAUUUACUAAUUUACAUUUUUUUAACCUGUCAAAUGUUGAUAAAAGCAGUAUUGGUUAAUAUUUUAAAUAAUUUUGUCAAAUGCUUGAAGGUUGACACGAAGAAUAAUUUAGUGAAGCAAAAAUUCAUCUGAAAUUGUUGUUUUAUUGAAGUGAAAUAUAACCUGAUUACUCUGAGAUGAUGGUUUCAAGAUUAUGUUUAGGUUAAAAAUCUGAUGAUAUUUGAAAGUCUGCAGCUACAGUUACAGUCAGUCUGACCUCAUUUGCUUCUCUUUGCCAAAAACGUAUUGUCACUAAUUUCUCCUGUAUCAGAGAAAAGUUCUCUGCGAAGAUGUGAUAGAAGGCAACCAAUCAAACACUAUACAAAUGAGAAGCAUUAAUAAGCACAUAAAGUCAUUUAGAAGCCACGCCUAGGCUUUGAGAUUUUAAGAUUACACCAAAAAAACAAACAAACAUAGAAGACACUAACAAACUUGUCCUCUACUUUUUAUGAAAGGAGUAUAAGUGGAGAACAAGUUAAAAAAAAAAAAAAAGCAAUAAAUGGCAAAAACCUUUGAUUGUUGGACUCUGUGAAGCUCCAGCACUGCCAGUACAAUGAAGAAACAAGAUACAAAAGCAGAACUAGGAUUAAAAACCAAAAAUCAGACAAUCAACACUUCCCCACCAAAACAUGUGAUAGUCAAACACUGUGUCCGUUAAAGCCAGAGCUAUUGCUGCUGAUCAUUAUUAUUAUUAUUUUCAAUCUGUUUCCUUUCGGUUAAUCCAGUCGUUCAGUGUUCAAGUUUAGCUCAUUGUUUGUACUAAAAGGUAAAAGGUCAUUAUCGUUAUUACCUUGUGGCAACCUAGUGAUAUGAGAUAGUAACAUGCACAAGAUGACUUUCAGGACUGUUAAAGCUCCAUAUUUUCUAGGUCAUGUUUUACUGUACUUAAUCUACUGUAUUAACCUUUAACACAACUAAUAUGACAUUUCUUGGAAUACAUACAUUGGUUGGUUUUGAUUGUAAUAUGUAGACCACUAGUGACGGCUUAAUGUUAAGA